UCUCGGGUUUGCGUAACUGUCUCGAAUUCUCCCACACCCGUUUUUCCCCUCGCAGGGAAAAAAAGUCCUCUUUUGCUUAAGAACAAACAAUACAAACAGACGUCUCUACUCAGCUCGGUUUUUUAUUGAAAUCAUACACAGAUCAAUAAAUGGUUUAGGAGUCAAUUUGACUUUUGAGCCGAUAAAGCCUGAGUUUCUUCCCAUUCGAUGUUUUACCUUUUCGUAACUUUUGCAGUUGGCCUUGUUUUACAGAAAGGAACUGGCGUGGAACCACAGAAGGACCCUGUUUCCACACUGCAAUAUCUCCUGGGUCCCCUCCCUAAACUGAUCGUUUUUGGUCACCUGUUGGGUGUUCAGUUAAUGAGCACUAAUGCCUACCUGCACACGUCAAUACUGUAUGGUCAGUGGGAGGGGUGGGACGGAAAUCCACUUGAUCAGCCACCUCUGUUCUACAAUGGCCUGACUGAGUCAGCUGCGAACCUCCUUUCCAGUGUAUCAGAUGAGGUUGUAAUGAUUGCCAGGGUUGUCGGGGAGAGGUCAGGAGCUGACAUGUCUAACGUUGUCCACAUUUACCAGUGGUACAUGCGAUGCUAUCCACAAGAUAUUUCCGAUAAGACAAACCUGUACACCGCAAUACAGACCAAUGCUGCCUACCAAGGAUUGAAACACCCAGUCAAGACAACUGAAGACGGCAAAUUCGUGCCAGAUUUCACGUACCGGUACAUGACGGAGGAUAUCCCUUACGGUUUGGCUGUAAUCCGCGGUAUCGCAGAAAUUGUGAAAGUUAAAACCCCGAAUAUUGACAAGGUGCUUACAUGGUGUCAGGAGAAAAUGGGCAAAGAAUAUCUCGUGAACUCAGAGUUUCAAGGCAAAGAUGUCGCUUCAUCCAGAGCACCGCAGAGAUAUGGAUUCACUUCUCUGGAAUCCAUCUUGUAGACAACUGGCUUUGCUUGCUCGCCCUUAGUCAAAAUCAGAUUUACCACAAGUCGUAUUAGAGUUGUUGACUGUUGCCGAUGAACUUAAAACUGUGAUCAUCAAUUUCAUCAUUAGUUCUUGAUGUGACUAUUCCAUUCUAUGAAUCCUGUUAUGGAAUAUGAUAUGAAAUAGGGUACUUAGUUUGGGAAUGUUCGAAUAAAUUGAACUUUGUUGAACGCU